UUUUAGCGCAAGGAGAAGAACACGAUCUGCUUUGCAGGGACGGGUGAGCAAAUGCGGUUAGCUAGGGAGGAGCUAGGCGCUGCUGUUUCUUCAGCAGACGGGUGGGUGGUAGACCUGUCAUCUGUCGGGGUGCAGCAGAGCGGCCGCCAGAACGCUUUUCUCUUCUAUCCAGAAAUCGCAGAUGCAAACAGGCUACGCUGAAAGGGCACAACUUUCAACAGAAGGACAAACGAACUUCAUAGCCAGAGAGCUGCCAAGCACUGCCCCCACCUUGGCAAAGAGAGCAGCUGGACCCAUGUUUCAUUAGCGCCUCCCAGCACAAGCUUCUGGGUCACAGAAGGAAAACAGGCCAGAGUUUGACGCCUUCCAAAGACAUUGAACACACACCGAGUGCAAAAGGCUGUUUACGUUGUCUUUGUAUGAAGUUGGUUGGUUUGAGAAACAAAUUUAAAAGGUGCAGCUUUGGCUAAAGAAGGUAUAUGAACAUAUUCAUCAUUUCAACCACAUAAUAGAUGAUGGUUAUCGGAAUAGCCUAAACAUUUACCACGGAGCAAGAGAUAUAGCUUGAGAGGCUACCAGACAAGCCCAGACCAAAGAAUGGAUGAUUACAGGUAUCGGGACAACUAUGAGGGCUACGCCUCCAGUGAUAGCUACUACCGGGGCAAUGAGCCAAACCCGGAAGAAGAUGCACAGAGUGAUGUUACAGAAGGCCACGAUGAGGAGGAUGAGAUCUAUGAGGGCGAGUACCAGGGCAUCCCUCAUCCAGAUGAUGUCAAGUCUAAGCAGGCAAAGAUGGCAUCCUCCAGAGCAGAUGGCCUCGGGGGUCAGGCAGACCUGAUGGCUGAGAGGAUGGAAGAUGAGGAGCAGUUGGCUCACCAAUACGAGACCAUCAUUGAUGAGUGUGGCCAUGGACGCUUCCAGUGGACCCUCUUUUUUGUCUUGGGUUUGGCCUUGAUGGCUGAUGGGGUUGAAGCAUUCGUGGUGAGCUUUGCCCUGCCCAGUGCAGAGAAAGACAUGUGUCUGUCCAGUUCCAAGAAAGGGAUGCUUGGGCUGAUAGUCUACCUAGGAAUGAUGGCAGGAGCCUUCAUCCUGGGGGGCCUGGCUGAUAAACUGGGAAGGAAGAAAGUCCUCAGCAUGUCGUUGGCCAUCAAUGCCUCCUUUGCCUCCCUCUCCUCCUUCGUGCAGGGAUAUGGAGCCUUCCUCUUCUGCAGACUCAUCUCAGGCAUAGGUAUUGGGGGCUCCUUGCCUAUUGUUUUUGCCUACUUUUCUGAGUUCUUAUCACGAGAGAAACGAGGUGAACAUCUUAGCUGGCUGGGCAUCUUCUGGAUGACCGGGGGCAUCUACGCAUCUGCCAUGGCCUGGAGCAUCAUCCCACACUAUGGCUGGGGCUUCAGCAUGGGGACCAAUUACCACUUCCACAGCUGGAGAGUGUUUGUCAUCGUCUGUGCUCUGCCCUGCACCGUGUCCAUGGUGGCACUGAAGUUCAUGCCGGAAAGCCCCAGGUUCCUGCUGGAGAUGGGCAAACAUGAUGAAGCCUGGAUGAUUCUCAAGCAAGUCCACGACACCAACAUGAGGGCUAAGGGGACCCCUGAGAAGGUGUUCACGGUUUCUCACAUCAAAACUCCCAAGCAGAUGGAUGAAUUCAUCGAGAUCCAGAGUUCAACAGGAACUUGGUACCAGCGCUGGCUGGUCAGGUUUAUGACCGUUUUCAAACAGGUAUGGGAUAACGCCUUGUACUGUGUGAUGGGGCCCUACAGAAUGAAUACCCUGAUUCUGGCUGUGGUCUGGUUCACCAUGGCUUUAAGUUACUAUGGCCUUACGGUAUGGUUUCCUGACAUGAUCCGGUAUUUCCAAGAUGUAGAAUACAAGUCCAAAAUGAAAGUGUUCUUUGGUGAGCAUGUGCAUGGUGCCACGAUCAACUUCACGAUGGAAAACCAGAUCCACCAACAUGGGAAGCUUGUGAAUGAUAAGUUCGUAAAGAUGUACUUUAAACAUGUCCUCUUUGAGAACACAUUCUUUGACAAAUGCUAUUUUGAAGAUGUGACAUCCACAGAUACUUAUUUCAGGAACUGCACCAUCGAGUCAACCACCUUCUACAACACAGACCUCUACAAAAACAAGUUCAUAGGCUGUCGGUUUAUCAACUCCACCUUUCUGGAGCAGAAGGAGGGCUGCCACAUGGACUUUGAGGAGGACAAUGACUUUCUGAUCUACCUUGUCAGCUUCCUCGGCAGCCUGUCUGUCUUGCCUGGGAACAUAAUUUCUGCCCUGCUCAUGGACAGAAUCGGAAGACUCAAAAUGAUUGGCGGCUCCAUGCUCAUCUCAGCUGUCUGCUGCUUCUUCCUGUUUUUUGGCAACAGCGAGUCUGCGAUGAUUGGGUGGCAGUGUCUGUUCUGUGGGACCAGCAUUGCAGCCUGGAAUGCCCUGGAUGUAAUCACAGUGGAGCUGUACCCCACCAACCAGAGGGCCACAGCCUUUGGCAUCCUCAAUGGGUUAUGCAAAUUUGGCGCCAUUCUGGGAAACACUAUCUUUGCUUCUUUUGUUGGGAUAACCAAAGUUGUCCCCAUCCUUCUGGCUGCUGCUUCUCUGGUUGGGGGUGGCCUGAUUGCCCUUCGACUGCCAGAGACCCGAGAGCAGGUCCUGAUGUGAACAGCCCACAGGGGAAAGAAAGACGGAAAGAUCUUCUCCAGGACACUGCAGCACAGCCUCGCCUCCUGCCUCUCACUGUCCACAGGACACACCAUGGACAGCGCAGGAGGAGAAAUGGACUUUGUGAUCCCUAGUGUAGGACCCACUUCAGUUGUCGAUACAUUUGUAACUCAGGUGAUUGACUAGGGGUGCCCUGAGCCACCCUUAGGAUCCCAGAGCUGUGUGCUUAGGUUCAGGUCUCUCCAUCAAAGGCAGGGGGAGGGCCCUCCAGUAAGAGUGAGCAGUCGGUAUCUGUUUCUCUAAAUGAGGUGCAAGGAAUUAUUUGCAUUUCAGACUGAAGUUGAGGACAAGAAACACUUAAGCUCCUCUACCAUGUAGCUCCUGGGAGCCCAGUGACCUAGCCGAUUGCCUCAUUUGGGAGUUGGGGUCGUCAUAUGAAUACUGGGCUCGAAGAACAGAAUAUAUAUUUGCAUUUGAAAGUAUCACCUAUCGUAUUUUCCAUUUGAAAAUUGGCACAGUUGUAUUGAAGGUACUCUGAUACAGGAAAACCAAAUAUUUAAGCAAAAUCUAUAUAGACUGACUUUUCUUUCCCCUGCGUCCUCAACUUUGCAAGAUGAAGAGAUGAUACAUUUAGAAUGGCACUUACUAUGGUUUUGCUCUAGUCAGAGAAACUUGAGCAUGGGUAUUCUGUAAACUAAGUUUGUAUAUAACAAUUUUGAGACUUUAUUUCCACAAAUGGUAGCUGCUGAUAUUGCCAGAGUUUUAGCCAUAUUUGGGGAGGACUCGCCAUUCAAACUUGGUGCAAUUGCUUGAUGUGUAAGCACAAUUUUAAUUCAGCCAUCUUGCUUGCUGUCAGGAGAAUGUUCUUAGCAAGCCACAUGCAGUUUCCUUCACCAGGAAACUUUUCUUCAACUUGGCAGGACAGUUACUUUUCUCUGCUGUGCUGAUUGGGUGUGAAGCUCAAAUCCAUAGGCCGUUUGAUGCUGUUUACCCAAAGAAAAAGGUUUAUUAUUUUUAUUUUUUAGUGGCUACUGGCACUCUUUUUUUAGAAAAUAAAACAGUGCAGAUAAUUGAUUAAGGGUGGGAAAAUAUAACCACCUUUCUUCAAUGUGCGAAUUCUUCCCGUUUGAUUUCAAAGGAAAACACAACACAUACUUAUUAUCAUGUUCAGUUUCUAUGAGAAACUUAUGUUCUGUUUCCUGGCAGAACAUGUUUGAAACAGGCCAUUAGCACACAGGUUAGGAAAUGGUGGGCGUGGAAUACAUCCAUUUCCUCAGUGCUCUAAGGAAACUCUUCCUGAGACGCAGGUGGGAAUGUGGGUGUGAAAGCAAAAGGGGAGAGGAAGUUAGGACAAACUGCUCCAGCAGGUGUCAGCUGUCACAGGAAGUCUUGACUCCAUGCUGAGGCGCAACUUGUGUUCAUCUUUACUUUCUAGCAAUGGUAGAGACAGGGAGCUAGGGGUUCCAGUCAUUGGAGCUGUGCGUGCCUGGGCCGGGGGAACAUCAUCCAUAAGAACUAGUUUGCUUACUUUUAUCUGCAGCACAUACAAGAGCGAUAAAAUGUCAAACGUCGCUUAUUAGAAAUCUCCCCAAAUCUAAACCAGACCAACGGCUAUGUUGAAUGUUUUCUGUUUUGUGGAAUUGCUUGGCUCUCGUGCCAGUUGAAGCCAUCUUUCUGUAAUCCUCUGGAGUAUAAGUAAGCAAGGGGGAAGAGUGAAUUUUUUGAGACCUUUCCAUCUUUAAAUCUGGGUAACGUGUUGAUCCUGCUUCUCUGGCCUCCUCCUCUUUAAUUACACCACCAUUACUUUCUGUACAGGGAAGGACGAUGCAGCAGCUCUGAAGUGACACCCCGAUUUCCCAAAUAUAAAUAUAUAUAAAUAUACAGAAUGUAUUCAUGCUUCUUUCAGUGUUUAUAGGUAUUAACUAACAAUACUCCACUGAUAAUGAGAAACUUUCUGUAAUAUAGCUGUAAUUUCCUUUCCUAUUUUCUUGUGACAUGUAAUGCAUUGGCUAGGAUCAUGAGAGAAUUGUGUAAAUCUGUGGUUAUGUAUCCCCCAUAACAGUAUUUUCUAAUGGGAUAAUUUGCCUCAGUGAGCAGCUACCACUCACGAAAUGUACAAGACAGUUAGAAUUCACAUUUUUUAGCCAGAUGGAUCUUGUAAAAUUAAGUCUGAUUAAUUUUUGAGUGUAGGGGUGCCUGCAGUCAUUUGUAGGUGAACUGUACUUGAUUUCUAAGCUCUGGCUUCUACAUUACAUUUACGGAUCCUUAAACCAACUACCUAACCAACCAAGGGCAAUUUCAAGUCUAUCCAUCACAUGGACUAUGUGAAAGAUGCAGCCAUGGUCUGCAGCCUCCCACAUGAAGGAUUAUCUGGCCAUGGUGCCUGGCUAUUUCAUAACUGCUGUCACUCCUGGUGGGAUAAAUGUGGCUUUAAAAAUAGUCUCUGUGGCAGGUCACUGGGGCAUAAUGUACAACAUCUUAGCCAUACAUUUCUUUUCACUUCUUGUUUUUGCCCCGAGAGACAAAUGAGAAUGGCUUCUCUAGAGGGCUAAAGAAAAGAGGCAUACCCUCACUGAGCAAGACUGUUCACAGUUCAUGGUGUGUUUUAUGGUGGCCCGUAUGGGAGCCGUUACUUCCAAUAGGCUCAACUACAUUGUGUUUUCUCCUGAUGCUGAUUUUUGAUCUUUUGUUUUAUUAAAAUGAAUUAGUGAAAGAGGUGUCCUGUUUCUGAAAUUUG